GCGUGCUGCGUACUACUACUACUUCUACUGCUACUACUAACUAACCUCUUUAUUUCUACAACGUCGCACAUAUAUCGACCCAUUUUGACGACAAUGUCUUGGGCAGCACCCCCGGGCGUUCAGACGGCGCCAUACAGCUACACUCCGACUAUGAAUACCGCAUACACUGCGGUUCCCGUCCGUCAGGGUUUUGGUCAGACCUACCAAGCUCAGCCACAAUAUCCCUAUUCCACUUCUGCUAAUCCCCCACAAUCGACAACCGCUAUGGCCUCCUCAUCGGGUCAGCAGGCGCAGCCACAGAAAUUCGAUUGGCCGGAUUCCGUCCGCAGUUAUGUUCAGCGCUCGUUUCAGUCAUCGAACCUAGAUCCCAGCGUAACCCGUGCCGAAAUGGAAGCCAAACUGAAGGAAACCAUUAGAUACACCCAGGACUGCGGAACUAUGUACACUACGGAUUGGGAUAAUAUGCCACUGCCGCAGACUCUUAUUAAAAACGAACGUCAGCGGGCUUUAAUGCAAUCGAUGGUACCGCCGGUUUUAACUGAAGCAGUGACUGCCGCCGCUAUUCCCACAACCAACCCGAAGAAGAGGAAGUCCUCCGACCUCAGUGUACCCGACUCGACAGCACCAUGGCGUGCGGCCAAAGGACUAUCUCUCGAAGAUCGAAUUUCCAAACCCGCGAUGGAUGGCCCUCUUUCGGCCAGAAGUAAGUUCCAGAAGAAUGUUGAGAAGCGACAACGUCGCGGUGAUGGUGGCUACCACACGUACCGAUCCCCUAGUCCGCCGCCUCCCACAGGACCCAUUGUCGGAUUCAACGAGUCCCUAGAGAAACCAUACCUACGCCUGACGGCUGCUCCCAAAGCAGCUGAUGUUCGACCCGAGCGUGUCUUACAUCAUACACUAGACUUGCUUAAGAAGAAGUGGCGCAAGGACGGCAACUAUAACUACAUAUGUGACCAGUUCAAGUCGAUGCGCCAGGAUCUGACAGUACAGCGCGUCAGAAAUGAUUUUACCGUCUCCGUCUAUGAAAUCCAUGCUAGAAUUGCGCUUGAGAAGGGUGAUCUUGGUGAGUAUAAUCAAUGCCAGACCCAACUACGUGCUCUGUAUAAGGCUGGCUUGAAGGGCAAUUCUAUCGAGUUUAAGGCGUAUCGUAUUUUGUAUUUCAUUCACACCGCAAACCGAACGGCGUUGAAUGACGCCAUUGCAGAUCUAACCACAGCAGAGAAAGAAGAGCGACCUAUUAAACACGCCUUGGACGUGCGGUCGGCGCUAGCUUUGGGCAAUUAUCAUAAGUUCUUCCAGUUAUACCUCGACGUCCCUAACAUGGGAGCAUAUUUAAUGGACAUGUUCGUGAAGCGCGAGCGACUUGCUGCACUUGCCAAUAUGUGCAAAGCAUUUAAACCAGCAUUGAAGCUCCGCUAUAUCACUGAGGAACUCGCCUUUGAGUCUGACGCUGAAGCCGCUCAGUUUAUCAUCGAUUUCAACGGUCAGGACCUACUUGAGGAACAACAAGACCACAUUGCCUUUUUAUCCGGAAAGGCCGGAACGCUAUUCGAGACAGCUAGGGCUGAGGCGUUCAGUAGAGUCGACCUUAAAGGCCAGAUUUGAUGUGUCUCCAUAUUCUCUUCUCUUUAAUUGCUCCCUUGCUUUAUCUCUUUCUUUGACACGACGUUACCCCAUUUCUGGCCCUGAUGACUACAACAAGUCAUCAUACACCGCCCCUUUUCGUAGACACCCACCUCUCUUUUCACCAUUUCCGACGAAUACAAAUAUUGAUCUUGACGAGAUAUGUCAUGAGGGUCGCGACUCUGGAUAUUAACACUUGGUUUUAUCCAAGUUUGAACCUACAACGCAACUAUUUGGCAUCUCUUACGAUCGAUCUGAUGCCACGUUGCAUCAAUUCUACGAAGUUCGCAUACAUUGACUUUCAAUCAUAGUAAACGGUCAUGGUCUACUUUGACAAGUGGCUAGUGGGAUCCUUGAUCUUUAGGAAGGUUUUACCAGCCUCGACGUGAGCGUCUGGUACGGGGAAUGAGGGUAAAUGAGUUGAGGUUUUACUAGGCGCAGGUGGAUAUCAGUAUUUUGCACGAAAGUUUCAUCACGAAGGUGCAAGGAGUUUGGCGUCCGGACCGAGUGGCCCAGUUGUUUUAUACCGAUACCCCCGACGACGAAUGCCGGUUUUGCGCAUUUUCUUCGUCUGACUUUGACGGGAGUAUAUGCAUGGACGGGUUCGCUAAAAGGAUCGGAAGAUGAAUUUAGUUCAGUUUUAGAUACAUUCCGUGAUCUCAGC